UUAAACGUGGCUGCACAGUUCGGGCACCAGUCAGUCUGUGAUUUCCUCAUCAAGGCUGGCGGGAAGAUUGAGUCUGCAGAGAACGAUGGACGGACGCCUCUUCUAUUUGCAUCGGCAAACCAGCACGUUGAAGUCGCCGAAUUGCUCAUACGCAAAGGGGCAAAUAUUGAUACACCGGACGCCACUCACUGUACGGCUCUCCAUAUCGCCGCAUGGAACGAGCAUGCCGAGACUGUGUCGUUGCUUCUCGACAAAAAAGCAAGUUUGAAAAAGGUCGACGAGGAUGGAUGGACUCCGCUCCACUAUGCCUCUCGUGCUGGCAACCUGGAAGUGACCACGCUGCUUUUGGAAAAGGGCGCCAGUGUGAAAACCGAAACAAAAGUGGGAGUGACUGCGCUUCACCUGGCCUCUCUGACAGGCAACAUCGAAGUCACCAAGUUGCUUCUAGUCAAAGGCGCCAGUGUGAAAAAAGGAUCCGAGAAGGGAUUAACUGCCCUUCACGCUGCUGCUCUGGGAGGCCACAGUGAGGUCGCUUUCCUCCUUAUAGAGAAUGGCGCAAGUGUUGACAGGCUCAAUGAUGAUGGAGCAACUCCCCUUAAGCUUGCCGCUGAA